AUGGCCCUGGGCCCAUGUACUGUCCCAAGGCCUCGCGAAAAGCCAGUGGUCGACCGGAUGCUGUUUCCCAGUUCCCGAGCCCCUCGGUUUGUUGAGCCCGAGGGCCGGGCGGCCUAGGCGCGAGAGCUUAGUGAGGAAGGGGAUUCAGCCUCAGAAGAAAACCGUCACCACACUCAUGGCAGGGAUUUUGUGCUCAAUAGUUCAGAGACCCCCAGGCAGACUCCAAAUGAUGGCAAAAGGUAUGGAGUCUCUUAUUUACGUGGAUUGGAUUCGUCACAAAUUUACCAAGUCAAGAAUUCCAGAUAAAGUAUUUCAGCCUUCACCUGCAGAUCAUGAAAAAUAUGGUGGGGAUCCACAGCACCCUCAUAAACUGCAUAUUGUUACCAGAAUAAAAAGUACAAAAAGACGUCCAUAUUGGGAAAAAGAUACAAUAAAGAUGCUUGGACUAGAAAAAGCACAUACUCCUCAAGUUCACAAGAAUAUCCCUUCAGUGAAUGCAAAACUGAAAGUGGUUAAACAUUUGAUAAGGAUCAAGCCCCUGAAGUUACCCCAAGGACUUCCAGCAGAGGAGGACAUGUCCAACACAUGCCUCAAGAGCACUGGGGAAUUAGUGCGGUGGCAUCUAAACCUCAUAGACCAAGAAGCAGUUAAGUCCUAAGGCCAGAGCAGUUUCAUACUAAGAAAUGUAAAUCAUUGUGUUCUCAUUAAAAUAUAGUUUAAAUACUA